GAUCAUUAAUAAUGACCGAUCACUUUCUCGGGAAAAUAUUUUCUCCAUAGCCUUGCCUGGUGAGAAAAUCCCACUGAGCAAAAGAAUGGCAGCAUCAGGGGGAUUUGUGGAGGCAGACAAUGCAGAGGCCAUAAUCACAAGAAUUGAGCACAAAUCUCGAAAGAUAGAGAGUCUACUAAAGCAAUCUAAACCAGUUGAAGCUUUGAAAACUGCUCUCGAAGGCUCGCCUCCAAUGACCCGAGACGAACGUUGCAAGUCGGCAAAUUGGAUAGUGGUCCAUCGAGCUAUAAUGGCUAUAAAGGAUGUGGACGGGUUGCUUUCUUCUUUGGAUGCCGAGUACUAUGAUAUCCUCAUGAAGUACUUGUACAGAGGGUUGUCUACUGGAGAUCGUCCCACAUGCGAUCAGUGCCUUCGCAUCCAUGAAAAACUGACAGAGAGAGCUGGUUUGGGAUGCAUACUACGUUCCCUUGCCGACACCGUGAAUGCUGUUUAAUUUCCCCACACCUUCCAUAAAAAAAGAUGUCGUCAUUUAUUGUUAUCGUCUUGUAUAUGUAUGGCAAACUGCAGCUCACAAUGCCAUAUGUCUUAGCUGUAAGAACUUGCAGAAAACUUCAGUGUAAUAAAUUACAUCUUUGUUGUAAAA